AUGCUUAUAGCGCAAGUGAGAGGAUGCUGCCUUUUGAAGAAUUUAUUACUUCAUCGACCCCCUACUUGUUUCGUCAGGUUCAAGUCGAACCUACCAGAUGUGACGAAAAACAGAAACCUUCCUUCUAAAGAAGAGUGGGAGCAUUUGAGACAACAUAUUCCUGGCGAAUCAACACAAGAUAACGAACUCAGGAGCCGCAUUCCAAAGUUCCCUUUAGCAAAGGAGAAUGUUCCAACAUUGCUCCCUAGACCUGGAGUACCUCAAGUCAGCUCCAAACUUCCAUUCAGACAGGUAAUAGAAAUAUUGAAGAAUAAAAAGAAACCUGAAUUAAUUUACGAAGCAGAACCCCAUAGAUUAUACUUUUUAGCAUGCUUUUGUUGUGCUAUUGUAUUUACUGUGUAUGGGCUUGUAUUGCUAGAGUACGCUUACUUCCAGGCAAAUAAAGAUUAUGAAGAGAAUUCUGAGGAAUUGGAACUUACCUUACGUAAGAGGGAAUGGGUGAUGUCACUCCUUAAAAAUGGGUCACUUGGAGCAAUAAUGCUUACGGCUGCGUAUUUUGUAUCUAAAUUUCCAACACGGUUGAUAAGAAGGAUGUGGUAUUUACCAGGAAAGGAGGAAUAUGUCAAAUUUACAUCGUACCCAUUGUUCCCGGGAAGACCAACGCCUGUUUAUACGGUUCAACUCAAAAAUCUAGCCAGGAAGCAUAAGGGACGAGUGUGGACUGGUAAGGGAUUUUACGGGACUUCUGAUAGUUCUUUGUUUUUUUUUGUCUUGAAGGAAUCAAGCCCGAAUAAGACAUGGAUAGUUGACAGAAAAGGAUUCUUUUGGUCUGAUGGUAGAGUAUUUGACUUUCUCUUUGGAAAAGAAACUAUUGCAGAAGCUGAAGCCGGAAUUCCCUAUGACGAACAAAUAGGUAUUGUGAAUAGACAAGUUCAAAAGAAGAAAAAGGAGCUUAGAAAAAAACAUGGUUUUUUCUAUAAAUGGAAGCUUCUGAAAAAUGACAUGCAAAAUGAUGUGCAAAAAGUCGGAUCCUAUAUAAGUUCUCUCUCAGGGAACAAAAGGUUGCCUAAGGGCAAGGAUGAGAAAUAA